AUGGUAGUUUGGUCACAGUAUGUAGAUCGAUCUAAUGUAAGUAGGGGGAACCAUAUUUAUGCGUUACGAAAGCUGGGUAUAUAUCAGCAUCACGGUGUUGUCAUUGCAAGGGCAGAUGCAUAUCAUCUCAAGCCAAAGCCAGAAAUUAUUGAAGAAUUUAUGGUCAUAGAACAAAAUCUAGAAGGACUACGUGUUGUUACUCUUGACAAUUUUGUGUUCGAAGAUGGUAAAUUUAUUAAAAGAAAGCAUUCUCUUCGUCGCGUUGAAUAUGGUGAAAAUCCUUUUGUAUAUGGAAUCAAAAGACGUGGUUCAAGUUAUAUUCAAAACGCUCUCCCAUCUGAUUUAAUAGUUCAAAAUGCUGUUUUAAUUUAUAAUGAUCCAAAGGAAAAACAAAAAUGGUCUACCUAUUCACUACUAACACGUAACUGCGAGCAUUUUGCAUUUAAAUGCUGUGUUGAAACAAAUAUGUUAAGCGAACAAGUUUUGGCAAAGUACGAUCUUUUAAACAACACGUUAAGUACUGCCACCAUUACUGUUGGAUCGCUUCUCUGGGGAUGGAGUAAAAAACUUCUCACAAAUGUGAUAUAUAUCGGUGAAAAGCUGGUGCCAUCUAGUAUCACAAAUCUUACUAUUACUUCGUUAGAUGAAGUCGUCAAAGCUUCUUUACCAGGUAAUGCAAUUACUUCUGGUAUCGCGUUCAUUGUAGAAAUCUCUGUUCUAACAAUACGAUGGAUCAUAUUUUUAUGCGUUAAGAAUAACACUGAGACACUUAACACAUACUUGGCGGCUGGCUUUGCUAUUGACACAAAGAGAUAUGUGAAGUCUCUGAUUCAAGCUGGCAUUUCAAACUUAUCUUCGUUUGGAAUGUCAAUAGCUGGUACAGCUGUUGGCGCAUUUGUGCCUCUCCCAGGUGCUACAGUUGGCUUUUCCAUUCUUUUUGGUUUUAUAGGUUAUACAAUUGCUCGAUGGGGUGCCGGUGGACUACUCGAUGCAUUUGAAAAAAUGAUCACCGGGAGAAAUGAAUGA